AUGAGUGAUUUACCACCUGGAUGGGAAGAGAAAAAAUCUAAGUCUACUGGAAAGACCUACUACUUCAACAGAGGAACAAACGAAAGUCAAUGGGAGAAGCCAGCAGAAAGAGCGAGUAAUCAAGUUCGCGCUUCGCACCUUCUUGUUAAACACACGGAGUCUAGAAGGCCGUCUUCUUGGAAGCAAGAAAGGAUUACGCGCUCUAAAGACGAAGCUUUAGAAAUAAUUAAAGGUAUCAUAAAAUAAAACUCGGUCCCCUUUCAAAAUGGUCGUGACUCUGUCAUUGCACGCCUCAAGCAAAGAAUUCACAAUCUCGAUGGCCUCGAUUUUCGGAGAUGGCAGCGCCCAUUCCCCACCCCACUCUGCCCCGUGGGCAAAUGAUGAGAAACUUCACGAAAAAAUAUGGUUGUGUUAAACAAUUAAAACUGGAGAAAUACAUUUCAAUCAAGCUGCUUUCAAGAACUCUCAUUUUAGAGUGAGAUUAUAUAUACAGUACCAGGGCCAAGUAGAGUUGCAUUUAAGAGCAAAGCAACGGACAAGAUCCCUGGGACUAACAAGAGUAAAUUCCUAUUUUCUGUGCCCUUGCUCUCCUUUGAAAUGCUUGUAUAGUCCAUCAAAUUUGUGGUCCUAGAGUCAAAUUUUCCAUCAUUGCAUAAACAAACUUCUUUGGAAAACAAUGGCUAUAUAUCUACUCCCUUUUCUUUUUGCAAAAUUUUGUAGUUUUGACAGCCUCAUUGUAAUGAACCCUUUACAUCCUUAAUUUUGUCCCUCUCAUAAAUUUUGUACUAGUGCACUGAACUUAGCAAAAUUUUGUGAUGCCUGAGUAGGCAAAACAGAGGAUAACACUUCCAUUCAACAACAAUAAUUGACAAGAAUCAGCUUCGUGCCAAUCAGCCCAAUGAAGUUCAUCAAAGGCUAAGAUCAACAUUGUUUAAUCAACUUUUAGUAACCCUUUCCCCCCCCCUUCCCCCUCCAUCUCAAAUAAGCAAGCUAUGGAUGACUGUUACUGUUGGCUGCAUCAAUAUGGUUUUGUAUUCUGACUAAGGUGCAAGUUCUCUCUUUUGUGUGAGGUCACCUCAAUAUGGUAACCACUCCUUGUUAUGUCUUACAGAUUAUCGUAAACGGAUUACAUCAGGAGAAACCACUCUUAAGGAGCUAGCAAGCACAGAGAGUGAUUGUAGCAGUGCUAGAAAGGAAGGAGAUUUGGGAUUUUUUGGACCAGGACAAAUGCAAAGUAAGACAAUACUAUUUUUCUCUCCUAUAACUUUAAUGUGUUCUCUCCCUUGAUGAAAUUACUGAGACUUCACAUGGUUGGACAUAAACACUUCACCAGAGAGAAUUUGUUGUUAUUAUCAUGUAUUUGAGGUCUCCAAUGAUGACUUUGAUAGAAAAAAAAGAUACUAUAGUUUGAAGCACAUCUGCAGUAGUGAGUGAAAUAAAGCAUCCCUAAAUACUAUAUUUCCUGGAAUAAGUGCCUGGGUGCUUAUUUAAAAUUUCUGCUAAAGGAGGGCACUUAAUUGAGGGGGGUGCUCUUUAUACUCCUGAAAUGAUGCCAUUGUAGUUCAAGCUUUAAGAGUCAUAUGUAGAAUGGCAAUAGAAACAGGUUUUUCUUGUAUCUAAACUAUUUAGAAAAUGAGGGAGGAUGGGGGGGGGGCACUUAUUUGAGAGGGGCGCUUGUUUGACAUCAUGGCUUAAGUAGGGGUGCUUAUUUGGGGGAGGGCACUUGUUAAUGCAUUGGCACUUAUUCAAGGAAAUAUGGUUUGCGUAUAUUGGUAAGAAUAGGAUUUGAUUUCAUAAUUGUCCCAUGAAACCUGUGGGGUGGCACUCUAACCAAUGAGGAGCUGGCCUGCAGGUGAUUAAAAGCAUAUAUGAAUUUGUUGAUUUGUUUAUUUUUUUUAUUACUGAGAGGUGGGUCUGUUUCUUUCCUUUCAGAACCAUUUGAGGAAGCAACGUGAGUAUUCUCACUCCUUUAAUAAACACAGAUUAUUUUCAAAUUUCUGAGAGAAAGAUAAGAAUGGCUGAUGAGGAAUGAAAUCUUUCAAUAAUUCUCUUCUCACCAGUAGAUGGUAUUUCUUUGUGUCCAGGUUGAAAGCGAUAUUGUCAGACUUUCUCCUAGUUUAUAUACCUCUAUCUAAGGUGUUGAGAGAAUUCUGGAAAGUCAUGCAAACCUGGUAUGCACAUAGAUUUCUCUCAAAAUUUUUUUUCUGUUGCUUUAUUGCUCUAUUGCUCAUCUGAACACAACUACUGACUGGUGAGAGGGAGUUGCUCAUCAUCUCCAGUAUUUUAGAAGGCUGAUGUGAAGUCUGUCUAAAGAUCCCAGAUGGAAGAUUUUAGCCUUCUAAGUCAUUUGAAUCUGGUUUGUUCUAAACUGGUAUAGUUUCAAAUAUAUAAAACCCUAGUUUUCAAAUAACUUCUCCCUUUGAAUGGCACCUCAUCUGCACUGGUCAGUUUCAGUAAAUGGCUAUCUCAGAAAGUAAUCUGUAUAUUUUAAUUAAAUCUUUCAAUAUUACUCAAUCUUUUUUCUUUUUUGCAGGUUUGCCUUAGAAAUCAAUGAACUGAGUGAACCAGUUUUCACUGACUCAGGUAUUCACUUGAUUCUCAGGACGGGAUAAAGCAAUCACCAAGUCCAAGAACAAAGUUCAUAUUUAAAUAAUCAUGUAGACUUGCUAAUAUUACAAGAAAAUGCCUUAACUUUGAAGCUUUCAUUUGGCUACUUUUACCUUACAUCAUAAGUAUUGGUUGAAGUUGUGUAUGAACUAAAACACAAACAACCAGUUUGGAAAUCUGCAGUCUAGAUGAAUAAAAAAGGUAACCAUAACAUCCACAGGGAUGAAAAUAUUUUGUAAAUUAUGUUUAAGGAUAGUUCUCUUUUCUAAAACACAAUUUGAUGGUUGAACUUAACAUGUCAAAAUGAUCACUUCUUCAAAGUAUUUCUAGCUUUCAUUAUUAUGUUUCAGAAGUGAUCAUCCUAUAAUUUUCCUUUUCACAAGGCAAAAAUAUAAUAAGUAAACUUCCAUUAAAUUCUAGGUUGCUUUAUACCGGUCCAUCAGAUAUAUUGAGGUUUUAUGCUUACCAGUUCCCACAGUAGUGUGUAAUUUCUGACAGUGGGCUUUUCAAACAAGUUUUGUCACCAAAUUCAACCUAAUAAUAACAGCUAAUCAGCACUUGGGUAGAUAUCAUGCUAAGCCAGUUGAAACUGAUGGUAAAACCAGGCAAACUGUGUCUAGUGGUGAUUGGUUUUAGUUUUGUAAUGGAUUAGUCAUGUGUAUUGUCUAAGUUUUCUUCACAAAUUAUGGAGCAACAUAAACCAAAGGCAUGAUGAUCCUACAUAACUUUUGACACCCAAUGGGCAAUUUUUUUAUUGAUCUCCUUGUUGUGACUAACUAACACUGUGACUACCGGUAACUAAUUGAUAUUAAGCUGAUAAAGUAAGUGAGAGGCAGAAGAAGUGUAGAAUCUUUAUUAUUAGGAGGAUGAAUUAAAUGAGCUUAAAAUUACUUCUAGGUGUCAAUGAAGUUUAAAAUAAAAACUACAGUUAUUUACAUCAAAGUACAUGAACUGUAAGGUCCAUGGAAACGAUCCACCUCUUGACCAAUAUGGAAACAGAUAUUGAUUACGUCACUUUAUGGUGAUUGAGUGACACCAUGAAUUCAGUUUGUGGCAGAUAUUUUUUAUUACCUUUAACACUUUUUUAUUACCUUUUAUUACCAGCUUAACAAAGCAGAGAUGUGAUAGUCUGUAAUUGUUAGUAGAAUACUAGAACUAGUUCAAUAAGUGUAGCCUCAAGAAUUCAUAUUCUAGAGUAACUCAGAUGUUCUGUUCUAGUUUUUU